CAGCGUGGUUCAUCCUGUGACUGACUGACUGACACCCGCCGGGGGAAAAAAAGUUACUCUGAGUUCGCGGACACACUUGCCAACAUGUCUGGAGAUGACGAGACACAGGAGCAGACCAUCGCCGAUGACUUGGUCGUCACCAAGUACAAGAUGGGUGCCGAGAUCGCGAAUCAGGCUCUGAAGACGGUGGUCGGGGCAGCUUUGGCUGGCGUCUCUGUGCUCAGCCUGUGUGAAAAGGGAGAUGCCUUCAUCAUGGCAGAAACUGGGAAAGUCUUCAAAAAAGAAAAGGAAAUGAAGAAAGGUAUCGCUUUUCCUACUUGUGUGUCGGUUAACAACUGCGUAUGCCAUCACUCCCCCCUGAAGAGCGACCCUGAUGUCAUACUGAAGGAUGGGGACCUUGUCAAACUUGACCUGGGUGUGCAUGUCGAUGGCUUCAUCUCAAACGUGGCUCACAGCUUCGUUGUUGGAGUGACCAAGGAAAACCCUUUGACAGGACGGAAGGCUGAUGUUAUCAAAGCAGCUCACCUCUGUGCUGAGGCUGCUCUGCGUCUUGUUAAGCCAGGAAACCAGAACACACAAGUGACAGAAGCCUGGAACAAGAUCGCUAAGUCAUUUAAGUGCUCCCCUAUCGAGGGCAUGCUGUCCCAUCAGCUCAAACAACACGUGAUUGAUGGGGAGAAAACUAUCAUCCAAAACCCAACGGACCAGCAGAAAAAGGACCACGAGAAGGCCGAGUUUGAGGUGCAUGAGGUGUACGCAGUGGAUGUACUGAUCAGCACUGGAGAGGGAAAGGCAAAAGAUGCCGGUCAGAGGACCACCGUGUACAAAAGAGACCCCAACAAGGUUUACGGCUUGAAGAUGAAGGCAUCUCGGACGUUCUUCAGCGAGGUGGAGAGACGCUUCGAUACAAUGCCUUUCACUCUGAGAGCGUUUGAGGAAGAAGGCAAGGCCAGGUUGGGCGUGGUGGAGUGUUCCAAACAUGAGCUGGUGCAGCCGUUCAACGUGCUGCAUGAGAAAGAGAGUGAAGUUGUCGCUCAGUUCAAGUUCACCGUGCUGCUCAUGGCCAAUGGACCUCUGCGAAUCACAAACAGCCUCUUUGAGCCAGAACUCUACAAGUCCGAGCAUGAAGUGGAGGACCCAGAGCUGAAGGCUUUGCUUCAGAGCUCAGCCAGCCGUAAGACUCAGAAGAAGAAGAAAAAGAAGGCUUCAAAGACUGUUGAGAGCGCAACUGGACAGGCAAUGGAGACUGAAGCUGCAGAGUAAAUUUCCGACUGACAUCUGAAGGCCCAAAGAACAGACGUCACCAAUCCCUCUGUCCCAGCUGUCUGAGGCACUUGCGGGUAUAGCCGCUGUGAAUACCUCUGAAUCUAAUUGAUGUCAGUCUGGGAUGAUGGUGCUCCUAAAUUCUGUCACUCCACCUAAAAUACACGCGCGCACACACACACACACAAUGCUCAUCGUUAAUAAAUCUCACAGUCCUUCAGACAUCCUUAUUCUGUUAAUAGAGGACACAACUCUGCUAAAAAUAUUUAAAAAAAGGAUGUGUUGUGUCCGGGCAUUAACUCACUGGAACAUCGAACCAUUUGACCGACCUUGGGCCUUUGUCUAUCCCCCUUAGAUUCAGUAAAUGAAAAAUAAAAUACAGAGCAACCAAGAAUGAUGACUGCACAAUACUCUGUCAGUGUGAUUGUGUAGGAUUUAAACAUCUUCCUAGAGGUCAUGCCUCUAUAGCCAUGCAUUUUGAAAUGUGUGUGUUAACUUGUGGACUGGAAUGUGUAACACCUGUCUUGAUCUUUGGUGUCAUAUGACAUUUACACAAGUUAAGAGGUUGACAUCAUCAGUAAUUAUUACCGGUGAUUUCAGCCUAAUUUCCGCAUUUAUACAACUCUUGCUAAGGUCCAUCUACUCGUAGAUAGUGUAUACUUCCACACAACUACUGUAGGUUACUCGGCUAACAAUGUCUAACAUUUCUACGAUUUUGAGUAAUCAAUAUAAAUGACUUUCUUUUUUUCAGUUGAGGUCUAACUCCUGCCAAGGGUUCAGCAUUCAGUCUUGUAAUGCCACCACUGAGUCUGACAGUCUGUGUUUACAUAAAGAGUCCGUACCUGUUAGAUAUAUGGAUGCUUUUGUAAAACAUAUCCCACUUUCAGAGACUAUUUUUGGAAACAUUAAAAAGCCACCUGACAUCA